AUGCAAGAGCGAGACGCAAAGAGAUUGGACGAGUUGAAGAUGGAAGUGGCGCGCAUGAUAAAUGAGGAAACAGUGGUUGUCGAUGAUAAGCUUGAGCUCAUUGAUGCAUUGCAACAACUCGGGAUUGAUUAUCACUUUGAGAAGGAGAUAAAGCAUGCACUGGACUCUAUAUUUAGCAAAUUUGAUGACAUACGCAUGGAGACGAAGGAUAAUGCCUACAUAAUCGCACUCUUAUUCAGGCUUCUUAGAGGACAUGGAUUUAGAGUUUCACAAGAUAUUUUUGAUCAGUUUAAAGAUGAGAAGGGCAGCUUCAAAUCCAACUUGAGCAAUCAAAUUAAAAAUUUGUUGAGUUUGUACGAGGCUUCUUAUCUGGCAGUGGAUGGAGAAGAUACAUUAAUUGAGGCGCGGAAUUUUACAAUUCAGCACCUCAAAAAUUUCUUAUCAUGUUCAUCACAUGAUAGCCGUAAGUUAAGAGAUUAUGUGGUCAAUGCAUUAGAGCAACCACUACAAUGGCGUGUUGAGAGAUUUUACACGAGAUGGUUUAUCGACGCGUACGAGAAAGAAGAGAAGAUAAGGCCUCAACUUCUCGAGUUCGCGAAGUUGGACUUCAAUGUGGUUCAAAACACGUACAAGAGAGAGCUCAAGGAAGUGUCAAGGAUGAAAAAUUUUGGAAAUUUCAGAUGGUGGUCCAAUCUGAGAUUAUGGGAGAAGCUUCCUUUCAGUAGAGAAAGAUUGGCGGAGAACUAUUUAUGGUCCGUUGGUUGGGCUUUCGAACCGAAGCAUUCGACCUUCAGGCUGGCACAAACAAAGGCUAACUCUCUCAUUACUGCAAUCGAUGAUGUCUACGAUGUUUACGGCUUUCUCGAUGAGCUUGAGCUUUUCACUGAAGCAGUAGACAGAUGGGAUGCACUUGAUAUUAAGCAAUUGCCCGAGUAUAUGAGAUUAUGUUUUUUAGCACUCUUCAACACAACAAAUUAUACAGCUUAUGAGACAAUGAGAGAGAAAGGCCUCAAUAUCCUUCCAUUCCUAAAAAGAGCGUGGACAGAUUUAUGCAAAGCAUAUUUGGUCGAAGCAAAGUGGUACAACAAAGGCUACAUACCAACACUGGAGGAGUACUUGCAAAAUGGAUUGUUUUCUUCAUCUGGCCAUGUUAUUCUAUCUUAUGCUUAUUGUCUUGUCCCAGAUCUCACUCAACAUGAUCUAGAUCUCUUCCAGAAUUAUCCAGAACUCGUGCAGUGGUCGUCGAUGCUUCUCCGACUCUACAAUGACCUCGGUACAUCCAAACCCGAGCACCAGCGAGGCGAUGUCGCGAAAUCCAUCAACUGCUGCAUGCACCACGAAGGGAUCACGGAGGCUGCUGCUCGUGAACGCAUAAAAGAACUGAUUUAUGACUGCUUGAAAAAAUUAAACGGAGCGCGCCGAGUGGACUCCACUUUCAACAAAAACUUUGCAGACAUCGCCAUGAACUUGCCACGGACAGCGCACAGUUUUUACAUUUAUGGAGAUGGGUAUGGAUCAUCAGAGGGAGAAACAAAAGAUAUGAUCAUCUCUUUGUUGAUUGAACCCGUUCAAAUUUGAUGGGACGGGCCAUAUAAUAUAAUAUCUACAUGCAUGGUUGAAGUUGGUGAAGAGGGGUGUGUAUAUAUUUGAUGUGCUUGAUGUGUUUUGAUGUGAUAGUUAAUAGGUGUAGGAAGUGGUGGCAUUUGAAAUUUCAUUUUGUCCGCGGAAAUAAAGAAAGAUGUGCAUGUUUGUUUUGGUAUAUAUGUUCGGUUUAUUGGACUAAGCUGUAGCA